GACUUCUGGGCUGGCUGGUCCAUCAUGGCGGAAAAAGUGAACAACUUCCCACCAUUGCCCAAAUUCAUCCCACUGAAGCCGUGUUUCUACCAAGACUUCGAGGCAGACAUCCCUCCUCAGCAUCUCAGCUUGACCAAGCGCCUCUACUACCUCUGGAUGUUGAACAGCGUCACGCUGGCCGUGAACCUGGUGGGCUGUCUCGCGUGGCUGAUCGGAGGCGGGGGAGCCACCAACUUUGGCCUCGCCUUUCUCUGGCUCAUCCUCUUCACACCUUGCUCCUACGUCUGCUGGUUUCGGCCCAUUUACAAGGCCUUCAAGACAGACAGCUCCUUCAGCUUCAUGGCCUUCUUUUUCACUUUUAUGGCCCAGUUGGUCAUCAGCAUCAUCCAGGCUGUGGGAAUUCCAGGCUGGGGUGUCUGUGGCUGGAUCGCCACCAUUUCCUUCUUCGGGACAAAUAUUGGCUCAGCGGUGGUGAUGCUCAUCCCCACAAUCAUGUUUACGGUUGUGGCCGUCUUUUCCUUCAUCGCCCUUAGCAUGGUUCAUAAGUUCUACCGGGGCAGUGGGGGAAGUUUCAGCAAAGCUCAGGAGGAAUGGACCACUGGAGCGUGGAAGAACCCACAUGUGCAACAGGCAGCCCAGAAUGCAGCCAUGGGGGCUGCACAGGGUGCCAUGAAUCAACCGCAGACUCAAUAUUCUGCUACCCCCAACUACACAUACUCUAAUGAGAUGUGAACCAGCCAAGCCUACCAGGAGGCAGGGCUGGGGGCCAGUGGGACAGGGGGCUCAAGCCACAUCAUCUGUGUGGUGACCAAGCAGGGUUUCCCCUUCCCGUUUCUCCUCCCCAACUUUGUACAAAGAAUCAGAGUUAUAUAUAUAUAUGUGUGUGUGUGUAUAUAUGUAUAUGUCUAUCCCCUACCCCCACCUUUUGGGUCCUGCUCUUGGCACUCCGAGAGCUGUGGGCUGCACAAGGAGAGGUCCUGUGCACUGGUAGCUGAGUUCAUGUCCCCUUGUGAAAUAAUGUGCAGUGGAGAUAUCUUGUUGUGGUGCUAGAUGUAUGUUUAGAACUAAACCAGCUCCCUUCCAACCCAUCCACCAGGUUGCCCCUCUGACCCUGGCCCAGGGAUUCCUCAUGGGGCAGGGGAAGGCCUAGCAGAGAGCCUGGCACUCUGUGCAGAGUUAUGAGCCGAAGCUAUUUCCCCCUUUGGUCCUAUUGGGAAGCAACAGUAUUUUGCAUUCAUGGUGAUAAGUAUGUUCUGGAGCGUGGGAAGGAGAGGAUGUUUUCUUGCUCCCAGUAGCCCCCCCCCCCCAAUCUCUUUUUUCCCCUUGUUUCUGCCUCACUCUUAGACUCUUUGUGCUCUCCUCCCUGCUGGCCCUUCCAGGAUCUUUCUCCUCCCCAUGGAGCUUUUCUUUGUCUUCCUAAGGCUGAGUGUCCCAGUUGUGUCUGCUUCCAAGACUGUCCAGAUCCCCAAUUCCAAUCUGCUCCCCAGUUCAAGGAAGCUGACAUGAGAGAUGAGCCAGCCCUGAUGUGGAAGGGCACACUGGUUGGAGAUGGAGAGCCUGUUUGGCACUUGACACCCAGGAAAUGGAAAUGCAGGCCUUUUUCCUUGGUUGUGAAAGCCUGGCCUGCAGAGGCAGGCUUCCUCUGUCCCUUCUCCAUUCCUUCCUGAUCCUCCUUUAGCCACUCUGCAUUUCCUGUGGAGCUGGGUUGUGACUUGUUAGCAGUAAACCACUGCUGGAACAGAGGGCAUGGAAUCCUGGGAGAAGUAGCUGUUCUGUUUGAGUAUGGCAGAAAGGGUAGAGCUUAGAGGGCCAGGUCUUGGGGGGUGGGGGUUGUCAAAGAGAAGAAAAUAGAAGCUCACUGAGAGGAUAGCAUACCUCUCCAGUCCCACUUGCCCUUGGCUACAGGACAGAUUCUGUGGAUGCUCCCAGGCCCAGUUGAAGCUGCAAGCACAAUGUCCUGAGCAGGGUUCCUGGCUGACAGGGAGGGAAGGAGGACUCUGCCUUUAGUUUUCAGUUUAGUGGGCUUUGCCCCUCCCUCCUUCUCUUCCAUUCUCUUGAGAACUAACUACAGGACUUGGUUCCUGGCCUUUUCUUAGUUCUGUUAGAACCCUCCUCCCCUUUAUGACUGAUCUCAGUCCCCAGGACUGUCUCUUCUAAGCAAUGGGUGGACAUUGCCUGGUUGAGGAUCUGGCUGUGUGUGAGGCCUGAGGUGGGUAGGCCUUGCCAAGGAGCAGCUGCCUGUUUCUCACCUCCUUCCAACAGAAACUCACCUGGGCUAGGUAGAUUGGAGAGCCAGACCCUACUUGGUCAUUCCAGGCUGUAGGACCUAAGACCUGGUUUCAGGUCACCUUGAGCUUUGAUUUUUAGCUUCUUCUUUGUAUGGGAAGCCAAGAGUCUCUAGAAAGUUCCCCUCCUAAUGACCCCUUAGGCUUAGUUGAUUCUCUCCCUACUGUUUUCUCUCUGGGGAGCAGUUGUCAUAACCCCUGGUACUCUAAGAGACCCCUAGGGCUAUGCCUUCCCUCUUCCCUUCUCCUGACCCCAGACUUCUGGUUCCCUUUCUCCUGGUCCUCUGGAAGUUCCAGGAGGGCUAUGAUCCAGCUGCCAAUCUAGCAUCCACUAGCUGUUGGAUGUUACUUCCACUCAAUUUCCUGUCCUAUCUGCCUUUCCUCUUUCCUGGCUCAGACCUAUUGGCCGUGCCUGGCGCUGCCCUUGGGAAAGCCUGUUACCAGUGUCUGGCCUAGCUGCUCAGACCCUGGAAUGCUGCAUCUCCAGGCAACUAUGCACUUUCAUGAGAAGGGAACCAGGAUGAGAAAGGGGGCUGGGCACAGAUGGUUUAGUUUGGGGGUGGGAGGAGGCCCAGUUGGUUCUGGGGAUCCUCCUGUGUGCUGCAAGCCAGUGACCUGCUUUUGCAUUCUCCUGGUGCCCACUGCCCCUUGUUUCUGAAAGACACAAACUGUUCCCUAGCUGGCAGUUGACCUGCCUGAGCCAAUGUGUCUAUCUGUGGUAACUGGAUGAACCAUAAUAAAAGGGAUCAUUUGACCCUGUUUA